UCCUUCCUCAACCCGCGGUCGUCCUAUGUUUUCCUUGCGGAUGUAGCCUUCGUGCCCCGGCCAGACGGGCAGGUAGUGAUGUGGCCGCGGUGUGCGGCGGAGCGAUCUGCACGACGACAAAGAGACGAGAUGUUGUUAGCAGGGAGAUCCCAUUACAGAGGACGCAUGUUGUAAUAUGGUCGAAACAAAAGCGUAAGAAGCGAUAGGCCUGCCAUCCCCAAAACAAAACAAAAAAAAAACUAUAAUCUAAUCUGUCUAUGCGCAGUAACUUUUUAGUGGAUUUAUAGGCUACUCGCGUGGGAAAUGGAGAAGAAAAGGUGGGAUUGCACUGCUCUCCCCAAGGGCUGGAAAAUGGAAGAAGUGACCAGAAAGUCGGGUUUGUCAGCUGGAAAAAGCGAUGUCUAUUAUUUUAGUCCAUCUGGGAAGAAGUUUCGGAGCAAGCCUCAGCUGGCCCGUUACCUUGGUAACCAGAUGGACCUCAGCUCCUUUGAUUUCCGCACGGGGAAGAUGCUGAUGAGCAAGCUGAACAAGAACCGCCAGAGACUGCGCUAUGAUAACAACAACCAGAAUAAGGGCAAACCUGACUUGAACACGUCACUCCCGGUCCGACAGACGGCCUCCAUCUUUAAGCAGCCCGUGACCAAGGUUACCAACCACCCAAACAACAAAGUGAAGGCGGAUCCUCAGAAAGCUGUCGACCAGCCCAGACAGCUUUUUUGGGAGAAGAAACUCGGUGGUCUCAAUGCUUAUGACAUUGCAGAGGAGCUGGUGAAAACAAUGGAACUACCUAAAGGCCUACAGGGUGUUGGUCCAGGAUGCACAGACAAGACUCUCCUGUCGGCCAUUGCGAGCGCUCUGCACACCAGCGCUGCUCCCAUCACUGGCCAGCUGUCUGCUGCUGUGGAGAAGAACCCGGGAGUCUGGCUCAACACUACGCAGCCGCUGUGCAAGGCCUUCAUCGUCACCGAUGAGGACAUCAGGAAACAGGAGGAGCUGGUGUACAGCGUGAGGAAAAGGCUGGAGGACGCACUCAUGGCUGAUAUGUUGGCCCACGUCGAGGAGGCCGCCGCCAGUGAGGGAGAGGCUCUGAAAGAUGAAGGCAACAGCAGCGAAGACAUGGAGAGCGUAUAGCACAGGGAUUUGUUCCCACACACACACACACCUACACGCACACACACACACACACACACACGACCACGACCAUACAGCAGUCCUGUCCUGAUGAACUGUCCCUGUGUAUCUGCGUCCCACCUGACCCUAACCCAGCUUACACCUGCCCCCUAAAGUCUUCCCCUCGCUUGAACCCAACCACAUUUGGGAGUCUCGAAUGCGUCUCUUCGUCAUCGUCUCCACUGGAUGGGACUCCUUGACUUCAACGGCGUUUAAAUUAAAGCUCGGUGAGAUUUUUGACUCGGAAAUUUAAAAUAAUUCCCUUGAACUUUUCAAAUAUUGAAAAUAACUUGUGUGUCAAAAUUUAGUGUUUGAUGAAACGCCUUUUUGUCCUUUUUUUUUUUUACUGAAAUGCUUUGAUUGGGUUUGUAUUUUUGUCAAAUCCAAACAUUUUACGUCAGCAAAUAGUGGAACUGGGGGCUUUUUUUCUGUUUUUCUUUUUUUUGGGGAGCAAAUUGAAAAUGAAUGUUUUGUAUUUUUGUCAUGUUCUGUUUCCUGAAUUUUAUGAUGCACUACACGUACAAAAACACCGUCUUUUCUAGUGGUACCAGUUGAGAUGUAACUAUACCGAGUUGGGCUAAUUUCAAUGGGCAUCGGUGCAGAUGGUGUGGUUUGACUCCCGUGUUCACCCGUUGGAGGGGACGGUCAAGUUUUAAUUGUUGUAAAUUCGAGGGAAAUAUCGUACUCGAUGACCGCUGUGUCACCCCGUGAGUCGUGUUCAGUAUUAACCAAAGAGGAGACAUUUUGAAGAGGGUUGUGUGACGUGCGUGUACCUAAAGUCCGCUUGGUAUUAUACCGGCUCUGCUGUCGGUGCAACUAAACAUGAGGAACAAAAAAAAAGUAUGCGUUGGUAGCGCCGGGCGAUGUGGAGAAAAUUAAAUAGCAUAUAUUUUUUUGAUGAAUCAUACCUAAAUGACGAUAUUGUCGACCCUUUGGUGCUUUUACAAAAAAUAUUUAAACGAUGAGCUUUUUGAUAAAUAAUCAUCAGUAAUGUGUGUAUAUAAUGACUAAGUGGGUAAGAGCAAAUAAUAGUACAGCUACAACAGUCAAAACAAUUCAUACAUGUACUGUAAUACAGCCUUUAAAACCAGGAUAAGACGACACUUAUACUAUAUUACAAUGAAUAAAAUCCACGGCGAUAUCUAAUCUUCUACCAUGUUAUCAAUAUAUGUGCCCUAUAUGUUGGGGCUGAGCACAAUGGGGAAAUAAAUGACUUGGAAACCUCUUUCUAUUGUAAAAGUAUACGGCUUAAACUCUUCUCGUUGUUUUUAGGUGCUUCCUGAUGUUGUGAAUCAUUGCCGUUUCGGGCUUUGUUCCAAUCGCAGUGUCGUGCCACUUGUCGUUUUUUUAUUUUAUUUUUAAUGUGUCGACGUUACAACACACACGCUGCCUCCUCUUAAAGCCACGCACGGCAUCGGCCGCAAAAUUACAGUUAACUUUCGGUUUAGAUGUCAUUAUCAUCUGAGGAAUAAUGCUUUUUUUUUUGGUGUUUUUUAUCCCUGUCUGUCGAGGUGUGAUUGUGAAUAAUGUACCUAGCUAAAAAAAAAAAUCAUGAAAAUCCUGUCUCAAUAUCAGCAGGCUGAUUGCUGAAAUGAAUUUGAUUGUAUUAAAUAUUAAAAAUGAGUGUCAUAAA